GCGCCGUAAAUUAGUGCGGCGGAAUGGAGCUUUAACGCGGAACGGCGCAUUUCGGAACCGUUUAGAAAACAAAACAAACCGUCCAAAAACACACAUUCACCCCGCCGAGGUGCUCGAGGACCGCAGCCUACCCCCAUAACACCCAUCCAGGCCCCAUCCUCCCCCGGCCAGGGGCAUACAGCCUCCGUGAACCGCGCUGGGAGUUAAAAGCUCGGGGUUGUUUUUUUGUGAAGACGCAGAGCUGCUUGGGAAGGAAGGACGGACGGACGGUCAGCCGGUGUGAGGGAUAACGGUCAUAACGCAUUGGGCCUCUGGGGGGCCUUGGCUCAUCUUCAUGUGCCUCCAUCCUCAUCCUCUCUGAGACUCUAAGCUCUCCUGAAGAAGCACCUUCGCCUCUUGGCCACCCAGCAUCAUGGGGAACCGGGGUAUGGAGGACCUGAUCCCGCUGGUCAACCGGCUGCAGGAUGCCUUCAGCUCCAUCGGCCAGAGCUGCAACCUCGACCUGCCGCAGAUCGCCGUGGUUGGCGGCCAGAGCGCUGGCAAGAGCUCCGUGCUGGAGAACUUUGUGGGAAAGGAUUUUCUGCCUCGAGGGUCAGGCAUCGUCACCCGCAGGCCUCUGGUGCUGCAGCUUAUCACCGCUAACACAGAGUGGGCAGAGUUCCUUCACUGCAAAGGGAAGAAGUUCACCGAUUUCGAUGAGGUGCGUCAAGAGAUCGAGGCCGAGACAGACCGCGUCACUGGAGCCAACAAGGGCAUCUCACCCAUCCCCAUCAACCUGAGAGUGUAUUCUCCACAUGUGUUGAAUCUGACUCUGAUCGACCUGCCGGGCAUCACUAAGGUGCCGGUGGGGGACCAGCCUGUGGACAUCGAGCAGCAGAUCCGCGAUAUGAUCAUGCAGUUCAUCAGCAGAGAGAGCUGCCUCAUCCUGGCCGUAACACCUGCCAACACUGACCUGGCCAACUCCGACGCCCUCAAACUGGCCAAAGACGUGGACCCUCAGGGUCUGAGGACCAUCGGUGUGAUCACUAAACUGGACCUGAUGGACGAGGGCACUGAUGCCAGAGACGUUCUGGAGAAUAAGCUGCUUCCGUUGCGAAGGGGCUAUAUUGGGGUGGUGAACCGUAGUCAAAAGGACAUUGAAGGAAGGAAGGAUAUUAAAGCUGCUUUGGCUGCAGAGAGGAAGUUCUUCCUGUCCCAUCCUUCCUACAGGCACCUAGCGGACAGCAUGGGCACACCUCACCUGCAGAAGGCCCUCAACCAGCAACUGACGAACCACAUCCGGGACACGCUGCCUGCGUUCCGCAGCAAGCUGCAGUCUCAGCUCCUCGCCCUGGACAAGGAAGCUGAGGAGUAUCGGCACUUCCGCCCCGAUGACCCAUCACGCAAGACCAAGGCCCUUUUGCAGAUGGUGCAGCAGUUCUCGGUGGACUUUGAGAAGCGGAUUGAGGGGUCAGGUGACCAGGUGGACACCGUUGAGCUGUCAGGAGGAGCCAAGAUCAACCGCAUCUUCCACGAACGCUUCCCUUUUGAGCUAGUCAAGAUGGAGUGCGAUGACAAAGAAAUGCGUCGGGAGAUCAGCUAUGCCAUCAAAAACAUCCACGGCAUCAGGACGGGCCUGUUCACUCCGGACAUGGCCUUUGAGGCCAUAGUGAAGAAGCAGGUGGUGAAGCUGAAGGAGCCUUGCAUUAAAUGCAUUGACCUGGUCAUUCAGGAGCUCAUUAACACAGUCCAGCAGUGUGCUAAUAAGCUGGCUACAUUCCCCAUGCUGAGGGAGGAGACCGAGCGAAUCGUCACUACACACAUUCGGGAGCGCGAGAGCCGCGCCAAAGACCAGAUUCUCUUGCUGAUUGAUAUCCAGCUUGCUUACAUCAACACCAACCAUGAGGAUUUCAUUGGCUUCGCCAAUGCACAGCAGAGGAGCAGCCAGACAAACAAGACGAGUUCUGCAGGAAACCAGGUUAUCCGCAAAGGCUGGCUGACCAUCAACAACAUCAGCAUCAUGAAAGGUGGAGCCAAGGAGUACUGGUUCGUGCUGACGGCCGAGAGCUUGUCCUGGUUCAAGGAUGAUGAGGAAAAAGAGAAGAAGUACAUGCUGCCCCUGGACAACCUGAAGGUCAGGGAUGUGGAGAAAAGCUUCAUGUCCAGCAAGCACAUGUUUGCCAUCUUCAAUACAGAGCAAAGGAACGUCUUCAAGGACAACCGCUUCCUGGAGCUGGCUUGCAACACCCAGGAAGAGGUGGACAGCUGGAGAGCAUCCCUCCUGCGUGCUGGGGUUUAUCCUGAGAAAUCUUCGGUGGAGAGUGAAAGCUCUGUCGCCGCUGAGAACUUCUCUAUGGAUCCUCAGCUGGAGAGGAAGGUGGAGACCAUCCGCAACCUGGUGGACUCCUACAUGGCCAUAGUUAGCAAGUGCAUCCGGGACCUCAUGCCCAAGACCAUCAUGCACCUUAUGAUCAAUAACGUAAAGGAAUUCAUUAAUGCGGAGCUGCUGGCUCAGCUGUACUCAGCUGGGGACCAGAACGCUCUGAUGGACGAGUCCCAGGAGCAGGUGCAGCGCAGGGACGAAGUGUUGCGUACCCACCACUCCCUGAAGGAGGCGCUGGCCAUCAUCGGGGACAUCUCCACCACCACUGUGUCCACUCCUCUGCCCCCGCCUGUGGACAGCUCCUGGCUGCAGGCUGGCCCUGGGGGCUCCCGCAGGUCUCCUCCACCCAGCCCCACUGCACCACGCAGAAUGUCUGCGGGUCAGAGGCCAGCGGGCCGGGGGGCUCCUCCACCACCAUCACGCCCGGGCCCCCUGGGACCGUUCAACAACAGCGGGGACAGCCCCCAGGUGCCCAACCGCCCAAACCGGGCUCCACCCAGCAUUCCAAGCCGCCGGCCCCCUCCCUCCCCCACCAGGCAGGUCCCCCCUUAAGUGGCCUGGCGGGUCUUCCUUUCCUCUUCUCCUGGACCCUAACUCUAUCUCCAGCCAGCGCUCAGCGUCUCCUUGCGACCCUUCAGCUCCCGCAUGCCCCAGUCUUAGCUUCUCUGCUCCCGAAUCAUUCCUAAACGUCCUCAUCCCCCGACCCGCCAAGUGCGCCCCCUUCUGCUAGUGCUAGUGUCCGUGUUAGCCGUUAGCCGUGCUCGUUGUGGUGCCGUGUGUGUGUCUCUUUGCCUCCUGCAGCACUCGGGCUGAGUCGUCCUGCCGCACAGGCUCCUCCCCUUCCCCCUCCUGUCAAUGUGAAAACCCUUCGGUAAGAGCGCCGGACCUGCUGAACAGAGCAGAGCAGCGCUGACCCCCCGCUGCGUCCACUGCAUGUUUAGUUUGAGUGAGUGUGAGUGAGUGUGCGCCGAAGCUCCUUAGUAGUUCAGGGGUUUCCAGCCUUUUAACGGCACAGACUGAACUACAGCCCGCAAAGGUUUCAACACACUGGUGGCGACCCAGGGGAUGGGUGGGGUGCCACGAGAGCCAUGACUGUUCUGUUUUUCUCCAGAUACUGAAGAAAUUGAAUGGCUUCAUAGCCUCAUUCGCUAGCUUCUCUCUGCACACCACACGCAAUUAAUUCGGCACGUUAGCACCCUCAGUCACAAUGAAUAUUUAUUUUGGGGUUUGCAGCCCAUAUCAGUUACAGUAGCGGUCAACUGGAAGCAACAAGUAGCAACAUACAUGCAUGAACAAGGCCGUUCAGAGAUGAGAUGUAGAAGGCUGAUAUGCUGAUAUAUAUAAAUUUGGGGUUUUUUUGCAUAAUUUGAAAAUGCCUGUUGGACUUUACAUUGUGUGCAAAUUUCAUGAAGGAUCGACCAAAAGAAAUGGCAUGAAAUUACGUGAAAACAGGCUGGUUCCAUUGACUUACAUUAAAAGUAUAGUAUGUUUAUUCCAUCUUCUAUAAAUGUAUCAUUUUGGAGAUGCAAGGUUUUGUUUGUAAGGCCUAUGGUGACAGGAAGGAAGGAAGGAAUGGAAGGAGGUAGGAAGGUAGGAAGGGGUGGGGGUGGGGUAGGCAGGAAGGUAGGAAGGAAGGAUAGAUUAUGCUUGCUAAAAUCUUGCUAGGUCGUUGCUACAUUAUCUCAGGUGGUUGCUAAUGUGUUGCUAGGCCAUUGCUACAGUAUCCCAGGUGGAUGCUAAGGUGUUGCUAGGCCAUUGCUAAGGUAUCCCAGGUGGUUGCUAAGGUGUUGUUAGGCCAUUGCUAAGGUAUCCCAGGUGAUUGCAAAGAUGUUAUAAGGCCAUUGCUACGGUAUCCCAGGUGGUUGCUAAGGUGUUGCUAGGCCAUUGCUACGGCAUCCCAGGUGGUUGCUAAGGUGUUGUUAGGCCAUUGCUACGGCAUCCCAGGUGGUUGCUAAGGUGUUGCUAGGCCAUUGCUACGGCAUCCCAGGUGGUUGCUAAGGUCGUUGCUAGGUCAUUGCUUUGUGCUCCCAGGCGGUUGCUAAUAUAUGUGUAUAUAUGAAUAUGUGCUAGUGUGUAUGUAAUGUCGAUGAGGGGCAGUAUGACAGAUGUCCAUUGUGACAUCAUUUGUGGCAGUUAGAUUAGAAUUUUCUUAACAUUCCGGCGUUCAUUUUCCAUGGGGGAAAAGAAAACCACAGGAAAAAGCAACCAGGAAAAAUGUAGAAUAAUGAAACGGAGCCGUUUUCUAGGAACUGCAAUAAUAAUAAAGGAGGAGGUUCAGCAGUUAGGCUGGUAACUCUCCCUGCUCACUGCCAGCCCGGUGCCAAACAAGUCACACCCCAAUGGUUGGGAACCCCUGUUCUAGUGUGUGUUUUGUGUGGGUGGGCGGGUGUUUGCAUUGCUUUAUCUCUUGAAUUGAUAUUGAGUAAAAGUGGGUGUGGGUGUGGGUGUGUGUGUCCUGUACGUGUUGUGCGCUUUUCGUUUGUUGGCAUGUUUGUUUUGCCGGUGUGUUUGUUUGCUGUUUUUGUUUUUGUUUUGAUGAUUGCUCAUCCCGCUGCUUUUGAACCCUCAGCUCACUAUUAGCCAUCGUGACUGUAUCUGUGUGUGUGUGUGUGUGUGUGUGUGUGUGUGUGUGUGUGUGUGUGUGUCUGUUACAGCCUAGACAUAGACCCCCCCCCACCACCAUGCUCCUGAACACACCCCCUCACCACGUACCAUCUGUAUAGCUUUAGAAAACACUCGAUAUGAACACCAUGCAGAUCUGCAGCAUCCUGUGUGCUCUACAGUAACUGUGCAACUGUGGCAUGUAUGAGCCAUAUAUGUGUACGUACUUAAAGAUCAAGAAUAACCACCACUUUAAAUAGUUCCUUCUUUGGGAUUGGACUUCCGUAGAUGGAUUUACAGGAAGCGAAAGAAUGUCUUUUAAAUCUUGACACCCUUGAACCAAGCCGUUUUAGCAUCGUCAAUGGAAUUUUUGCCUUUUGUCCCGGUCUGCACCAUUCCGUCUGUCUGGAAUCUGCUUUUUCUUCCACGAUAUGAUGUAUGAUGUAUCCCCACACACACAAAAAAAAAGAUCCAACAAUUUGUGUACUAGAAGUAAAAUUAGAUUUGUACCAGUUAAAGUGGGCAGUUGAUGUGUUGUAUCUGUGGGUCUCUGUCCAUUUUAGUGCGCUGCUAAAGCCCAGCAUUUGAUUUGAUUUAUUGAUUUAUUUUUCCGUUUGUACACGAUGGUACUUGAAAAUCUUGUCUUUUUGUUCUUAUCGUCUCUUACUGUAUCUCAGAAUUCCGACUCAUAAGAAUUAUAAUGGCAUGAAUAAGUCUGUAUUGCCAAAGCUAGUAAUAGAAACAAUCUAUAUAAUAUGCAACAGAACGUAACAGUGUUACUUACACCUACACACACAUGCAUACAUGCAUACGUAUAGAUAUAUAUAAAUAUAUAAAGGAAUAAUAUUGUUCACCGGAGGAAAUCAAGACAUUUGCCUCCCUUUUGUAAAUGUGUUUCUUUUGAGGGAGCUGUAUUAGUGAUUAUAUUCUUUAUGUAAUUCAAUAAACCUGUGCUCAAGACCGUU